GCCGCUACCUACUUCCUCGUUGUCCCUUGUUCAAAGUUCAUUAAGUUCAAUAAGUAAUUAAGAUAAAGUUUUUUAAAAAUACGAUAUAUAGAAAGAGACAAUUAAGAUCUCAAUAAUCGAAACCGACUAAGCCCAAUAUAUUAACAAUUGUGAAAUUUCCAUGAAAUUCAUUUAUUUAAUGGAAAAUUUUUAAUCAAGAUUGUUGGAAAAAAGAAAAAAACAAAAAAGAAAAAAAAUGAAAGAAGAAGAAAACGAAAAACAAUAUAUAAACAAAUGGACAUUAUUAAAUGAUAUAUAAAUAUUUAAAAGAGAAUAAUAAAAUCUUAUUAAGUGAGAUAUAAGAUUAAAUAAAUUAUAUUUUCAAAUGUAAGAAAAUAAAUGGAGAAAAAUAACCAUAGACGAAUAUGUUUAACUGUAAAUAUAUCAGGACAAUUUAAAGUAUUAUCAAUUUAAAGGAUUAUCAAUGAGUUUGAAUUUUAUAAUCUAAAGAAAAUGAAGAAAAGGAAUUAUUUAAUGUCAAAGAUAAAUAUAAGAAUGUCUCAUGAUAAACAAAGUGAUAGUUGUUCUCGUGCGAUAUCAUGCCUUACAAUAAACGAUGUACCAAUAAUGUUUACAUCCAAAGAUGAAGCUAGAAGUAAAGAUAUUUCUGGACUCACGCAUGAAUGUGGCGUUUUUGGAUGUAUUGCUGCAGGAGAUUGGCCAUCACAAAUUGAUGUAAGCCAAGUAAUAUGUCUCGGUUUAAUUGCUCUACAACAUAGAGGUCAAGAAAGUGCUGGAAUUGUUACGAGUCAGGGUAUCUGUUCAAAAUCAUUCUACGUUCACAAGGGUAUGGGAAUGAUAAAUAAUAUUUUCAAUGAUGAAAGCAUGAAGAAACUUAAAGGCAACUUAGGAAUAGGUCAUACUAGAUAUAGCACUAGUGCAGCUAGCGAAGAAGUCAAUUGCCAACCUUUUGUAGUUCAUACAGCUCAUGGUGCCUUAGCAGUUGCUCAUAAUGGAGAACUUGUAAAUACAGAAUCAUUAAGGAAAAUGGUAUUAGGCCGUGGUGUUGGCCUUUCAACGUAUUCAGAUUCUGAAUUAAUAACGCAAGCUCUAUGUUUAAAUCCUCCCGAAGGUGAAGUUAAUGGUCCAGAUUGGCCAGCACGUAUUAAACAUCUCAUGCAAUUAGCACCAUUAUCUUAUUCUUUGGUAAUCAUGCAAAGAGAUAAAAUUUAUGGUGUUAGAGAUCCAUAUGGAAAUAGGCCUUUGUGUUUGGGAAAAAUAGUACCUAUUGGCAAGCUUGCAGGAGAUGAUUCAGACGAUGAUGACGAGGCCGAAGGUUGGGUAAUCUCGUCAGAGUCUUGUGGUUUCUUAAGCAUUGGUGCAAGAUAUGUUCGUGAAGUUUUCCCAGGUGAAAUUGUGGAAUUAACACGUGAAGGUAUUAAAACGAUUGACAUAGUAGAAAGACCAGACAAUAAGCCACAAGCAUUUUGCAUAUUUGAAUAUGUUUACUUUGCCCGUAGUGACAGUAUUUUUGAAGGACAAAUGGUAUAUUCGGUUCGUAUGCAAUGUGGUCGUGUAUUAGCAAUAGAAUCUCCGGUAGAUGCAGAUAUAGUUAGUUCUGUACCAGAAUCUGGUACAGCAGCAGCACAUGGUUAUGCUAGACAGUCUCAAAUACCAUUCGCCGAAGUAUUAUGCAAAAAUAGAUAUGUUGGAAGAACAUUCAUUCAACCUAGUACACGAUUAAGACAAUUAGGAGUUGCUAAAAAAUUUGGUGCUUUAUCUGAAAAUGUUAAAGGAAAGAAACUAAUUCUCAUUGAUGAUUCUAUUGUUAGAGGAAACACGAUUGGACCUAUUAUAAAACUUCUGCGGGAUGCAGGAGCAAAAGAAGUUCAUAUCAAAGUAGCCUCGCCUCCUUUAAAAUAUCCAUGCUAUAUGGGAAUAAAUAUUCCAACGAGAGAAGAGUUAAUAGCAAAUAAACUGGACAAUGUAAGAUUAGCCAAAUAUGUUGGUGCUGAUAGUUUGACAUAUCUUUCUGUCAAAGGACUUAUUCAAGCUGUUAGACAUGGCAUGGAUAAUAAAGAAAGCAGUUACAUUGGUCACUGCACUGCUUGUUUGACAGGAGAAUAUCCUGAUGAACUACCUGGUGAUUUAGAUUGGUGAAGAACAUGGACAAUCCAUAGUUUGAUAAAUAAGAAAUUGAAUCCUCUUUUCCAAUACAAACUUCAAUCUAUUUUUCUUAAUUACCAGCAAGAAUAUUAUAUAAUUUUAAGGUUUAUUGACUAGAUUUUAUUGGCUAUAUACGUAUUGAAAAAAAAAAAAUAUUUAUAGCCAUUUUGUUAUUCUAAGCUGGUCGGCUAGUUCAGUGCAGUAUUUUAUAUUUAACAAUAUAACUUAAUUAUGUUUGUAAUCUAUAUAUAAAAUAAUCUUUCUUGAAUGGAAAGAUCAAUCUCAACAGUA